AAACCAACCGUUUACUGCAUUUUAUUCUUGAAUUCAGAAUGCCAGACUUCAAGGAACACUCACUGUCAGUGCUUAAGCCAGUCCCAGCUAAUCGUAGACCAAGUGUUCCGUCCUCUCCUAUGAUAUCUCCUGCUGCUGGAAUCCCUCUUUCACCAUACAGCAAGCAGCAGCUGUCACAAUUCGACUUGAAUGACUAUCACAAACUAUCCCUCCCUCCGAGUAUUGCCACUCAUCCAACUUCUCCUAUCCUCAGUAGCAAUGGCAAUGCACUAGACACUCAGUGUAAUUUGCUUAUGCAGCAUCCUGAUUCAAACAUUGACAUUUGUCUAUCUGUCCCCGCCUAUGAGAUCGAGAUUGAUCACAAUGAUUUAAUGGCCGGUGUCGCUACCGUUAUUGACUCGGUAUUUCCUGAGUGGCAGGUUGAUCAGGAUGUUAGACUUGUUCAGUGCACCAAUGGAAUCACCAAUAAACUUGUGAAAUGUACUCAUAUUCCAACUGGGAACAGCGUGCUUGUACGUACAUAUGGUCGUGGAUCCAGUGUCUUGAUUGAUCGUGGACAGGAGCUGGUGAAUAUGCUAGUACUUUCACGUAGAGAUAUGUGUCCUCCAUUAUACGCUCGCUUCACCAAUGGUAUCGUGUAUGGCUUUACUGAAGGAGAGGUGUUUACUGUUUCUGAUAUGUCUGAUCGUCACAAAUCUCAAGAGGUUGCUAAACACCUGGCAAUAUGGCACAAUGUGACACUUCCAAUCGAUCGAGUUCCAAGACUUUUUCAUACACUAUGGAGAUGGAUUGAUGCUAUUCCUCAGACAUACUCCAACUCUGCCAAGGCAGAAAAAUUUAGAUCUUCUGGGGUUACGCUUGAUUAUCUCAGAUCUGACCUCUUAAUUCUUCAAAAGCAUCUUGAAUCACUAAAUAAUCCCGUCGUUUUCUGUCACUGCGAUCUUCUCUCUGGCAACAUCAUAUACUCUCCUACACGCGACUGUGUGAGCUUCAUUGACUAUGAAUAUGGAUGCUACUCUUACCGCGGCUUUGACAUUGCCAAUCAUUUCUGUGAAUGGGCUGGUUUUGACUGCGACUGGUCACUCUAUCCAACUGAGCAACAGCAGAAAGCAUGGCUUUCUACAUACUGGGCACAAUCUUUUUAUAUUGCUUCUUUGAAUAAUACUCUCCCAAUCAAUAUCUCUAAUGACUCUACAACCACCACAGGAGCAAAAUUUACGUUUCAGCAAUCAAAAAAUGUCAAGGCUCCGACAGAAGAACAACUCAAUGCAUUAUAUAAAGAGACGCUAAAGUUUUCUCUUGCUGCUCAUUUUUUUUGGGCAGUAUGGGCACUCAUACAAGCUGAAGUCAGCGAUUUAGACUUUGACUACCUGGACUAUGCCAUGUUACGACUGAAUGAAUACAACCGCCGGAAAGAGAAAUGGCUGGCGUUAUAAUUAUAUACAAAUGAAUUGAAUUGGAUGUUCAACUGUUGAGUUUAUUUUAAUCUAUCAAUCUAAAGCUUUGUUUUGCUUUUCGGUACAAUCUGGUUUGACUUGAAAUGACAUCCUUUUCUUUCUCUGCGACUGUCUCGAUGGCUACAUCAGUAUUUGUUGAAGAUUCUGUAUUAAAAGUUUUAUCAAUAAUUGUGUCCUUGUCCAAUACAGAAUGAACAGUUUGGGCAGGUGAAUGUUGAGCCAAUGGAUACGGCCUAUUGCCUUUACUACCGCUACUAUCCACGAUCACAACUGAUUGAAACUUUAUAGAUGCCGUCCGAGGUGCAGAAAUUGGAGUGGUUGCCAUGCUAUUCAGCGCAUUAGACUGAUGGUCAUUCGAGUUCAAACUUUCAUCUAGAUUAAGCCAGUCCAACAAAGCAUUUCUCUCAUCUGUAUUCGCAAGUUUGUCCGCUUGUUUUCCUCCAUAAAGAAAUCGCUCGUUUUUGGUAGCAGCUGCCCACAUCUCGCCCAAUCCUACUACAUGCAAUGCAUCAACAAUCACCACAACAGUGUCAUUGGCAUUGGAUUGAGUGGAACGAUCAUCAAGCUUUAAAGUCAACCCAUAAACAAUCCGACGUAACUGCUCCACCAUCACGGCGUUGGGUAAAACAAUACUCCAAUACAUCUCAUCAGUAUAAAACCUGCCCCAGAUGUUUGCUCUCAUAUCCAUCUCUCGAAUCGACAUGGACUGCCAUUUGGGAUGUGUGAUUGGGAAAUGACCCCCAAAUGCUGCAUAGGAAAGCAGAGUGUAUAAACACUGAAAAGCAACAGAUACUGAUCUAGGUUGAUAAUCAGUAAGAUUGGCUAGUUUGUGAAACGAGUGAGCAUUGGCUACCAUUGUAUGAUCUGCAUCCACGUUUGAUGCCAAAAGAUCCGUCACGCUAUAAAGAAGUCGGAUUUUGGUGUGAGUUGGAGCAAGUGCAAGAAUAUGAUCAAUUGUUGGUCUGUAGCGUUUCUUUGCUUUGACUGCUUGCUCAAGAGUGAGAUGGGAUGAAGCUGAAGUGGUCAUGGGUAAAUAAAGUGGUCGUUGCGAUCUAAACCCAAUCGACUGUGGAGCAAUGCAAACUGUUGAUGGUUUAAGCUGAUUCAUGACACAACUGAUACGAUUCAUAUCUUCUGGGUUGGGUGUGCCGUGAACUCCGACUAGAUGCACUUUGAUCCGUGAGUGGUUGUGUACAAGUGGUUUAAAUAGAGCAAUAUGUGUCCACUCUUGAUCUGCCAAAGUUGAUGAUUGACGCACCCAAGUUGGCAGUCUGUUAUAAUCCUGCAACAUCCUUGAUGAAAUAUUUACAUGUGUCAUCCGACUACAGUGCCUU